AUGCUCGCUGAUCUCUCGUCGUUUGGCAACAAGCCCGACCGCACCCUUAGCCCCGGCAGCAGUAUGUCUGAGACCGAACGCCGCGAACUGAUUGCCCGCCAGCGCAGCGCGCUGUACGGAGAGGGUUCCUUUGCUGAGACCGGCGGCUACAUUGAUGAGACGGGCACCCCGCGCCCCGGUGUCCCCGGUCCGCUCCAUGGCCCUCCUGGCUCGCAGCGUGGCCCGUCGCCGCUCGCCUACGAGUACGGCCGUGCUCAGCCGCCGGGCACCGCCGCUGAAGCCUCAGCCUCCAAGGACGGCGUCACGACCGCUUCGCCCUCGAUCGGUGCCACCCCGCGAUCUCGCGCCAACAGCAGCACAGCCAGCCCGCAGCCGAACAUGGGUGGAAACGACCCGCAGCAGCAGCAGGCAUCGCAGGCCAGCCGCACCAACACCUCGUCGCCUGGCACCUCGCCCAUCAACGGCAAGCCCGGCUCUGGCGCCAACCAGGGCAGCGCAGUUGCGCCCAUCGGCACCCGCCCGUCCGGCAGUGCGAGCUCGUCCGCCGCUAACACGUCGCUUAACAAGCGCGCGACGACGCCCCUUGCGUCUCCCCAGUCCCACAGCGGCGGCUUCCCGGCGCCCGGCUCCAACAGUGACAACGCGCCCGCCAGCGGCACGUCGUCUAACCCGGCGGCCACCACACCGGAUGGCUCUAUGGGUGUGUCCGGCUGGGGCAGCCGCGGCGGCAGCGUUUGGGGUAACAGCGGCAAGCCUGGCAUGGGUGUCCAAGCUAGCGUCUGGGGUUAA